AUGGAUUUGCUCAACAAGAAGUCAUACCAGACCAUAGCCUUGAUUCUGAAUUGGCCUAUAUUGCUGACGGCUAUGGGCGUUUGGGAUUUUUCCAAGACCAUAGGUCACCCUAUCUCAACCACGGAAAGCUAUGCGUCUUACUUGGCAAAAACGUUCGAUCCGGCACUCCAUGAGCAGGGUGUUUCUGAAUUGGACAACGAACAUGCCUCUGGCAUACUCUUUGACGCGCCAGGAACUUGGACUGCAAACAUUCCCGCUACGUCUAUCGGUCACAUCCCGCCAAUUGACGAGUUUUACAAUGAUAUAUAUGGGAAGAGUUAUCUUCAAAGUCUUCAGUCUCUUGGGCAAAUGAAUACAGGUGUCUUCAAGACUCGCGAUGGGGCAGUGAUCGAUCAUUCGAGCGGAGCCGGAAUCGAGAUUCGGGAACAGCGUCCGAUACUUCAAGGUACAGGGCAAGAAACCCAGUCCGACGUAUUCCCUCCAGGUCCACAGAUAGAACCCCCUUGGCGCGACUCGCAUAUCUUGACUUCUCCUUCAUCGGAAGCUCUUAUGGACAACCUUCGAGGAGGGCCAUGGGAUCACCUUGAAGUUGAACCCGAGAGCAACUGGUAUCACCGCGAAUCAAACCAUGAAAUAAGUCAACCCCCAGAAUUGAAGCCAGAUUCUCCGUCUUGGUUCGAAGUGCUCGACCGACUACCUCCGGCGAGUACAGAGGUGACAGGCGCGAAACCGCAUUACGAAUGGAGACCGGUCAAUGCUCAAAUAAGUCCAAGUAGUUCUGAAGAACCCUCUUGGCGCGACUCACAUAUCUUGCAUCCCACAUCGGGAGCCCUAAUGGACAGCCUUGGACAAGGGUCAUGGGAAAACUUUGAAGACCAACUCGAGAACAAAAUGUAUCACCACGAAUCAACCCACACAAUAAGCCAGCUUCCGGACUUGGAGCUAGAUUCGUCUUGGCUCGAAGUGCUCAGCGGACUACAUCCAGCGAGUCCAGAGGUGAGCGGCCCGAAACCGUCCUACGAAUGGAGAUCGGACAAUGUUCAAAGAACUCAAAGUAUCCACGAUCAUCCGCUUAGAACCCCGAAGAUAUUCGGAACAUCAUCCCCAGAGUACGAACAGCCUCAUCAUCGCGAAGUGUCCCAAGACGAGCUGUUUGACAAACUACCUAGCCCAGAUCUGACUGCACCUCUGGCUCGACAUGAUCACUACACUCUAUCAAAUGACCACAUUUCACCGUCUACAACAGACCCAUAUGAUGAAAUUACCACGACAGUAUACCCAGCUGAACAUACUACAAUGCACGACGAGACACACCCAAUGCCAUAUCUUCAAUAUUCCUUUCCUUCAUCAUCUCCUGAGUAUCAGUUUAAUGGAGUUCUACGAAAUGAUAGAUUCCACUCCAAUAAUCCCUCUGAGACCUUCAAUAAAAAACACAAUCAAAUCGUAGAUGACGCUUCAUCGCGACCUCCCGUCUCUCCAGUCAUCUCUUCUCUCUCGAACGGGAGACGGCCUCUUGGGACUCUCGAAGAUAUGACAAAUUUUCUUACUCAUGACACAGCUCACAGCACACAGCCUAUGAUACCUGUUUUAGAGAGUCAGCAAGGGUCAGAGCGGUCUUCGAACUUCGGCUUCCGAGAUUUUCCACCUACAUCCCACCCACUGUUCCAAUAUCCAUCACCGGCUAGUCAUGCGCACAAAGACUUUCUGAAUCAGGCAGAAGUACCAUCGCUUGGUAGUAGCAGAAGUAAAAAGGGGGAAGAACCUGAAAACCAAGCUGACAUAUUUGAGUUCGAACACCCCGAGGACCUCUUGAGAUCCGGGGGAUUGUCAAUGCAUCCUCAUAGCUACAGUAGCACUCAGUCUGUUCCUCUUUCUGAACAAAGGCUCUUGUCAAAAGAACCCUCAAAGAUAUUUGUUGAUAAUGAUGCAUGGACUGACUUUGAAGCUACAAAUGAAGCUGUAAGAUCGGAAGGCUACGCGAGCUCGAGAUUUCUUGAGAAAAACAAUCAAUGGAACCCGAGCCAGAAUAAUCCAGAUGACAGAAAUUUAGACCAAAAAAAGGACAGUUCAACCUCUCAGGGCAAGCGGUUGUUUUCUCAAGAAAGUGCGAGCUUAUCAAGAACUACACAUCUCGAGCGCCCAAGUCAGACUCAUCAAGGAAAUUCUCAAUCCACCAAGCGAAAAGCUGCCGAUGAUUCUUCUUCAUUUGCCAACGAUUACGGCUUCAUCAGCCAAGUAGAAAGGCUUCCCUCCUUUCUAGAUGACGAACGUUUUACCUCGGACCCAUCAAAUCUCCCAAACCGACUCUCCUCUGAGUUAGUAUCUAAACCUCGUAAAACUCUUAGAGGCCUCUCUAGGUCAACUUUUGUUUCAAAAUCCAAAGAACAGCACCAGGAAGCUAUUUCCAGCAAUACCGAUGAUCUGCAGAAACAUGACUCAAAACUUAGAGCUAUAGAAAUAUAUUACGGAGAAAACUGGCCUCAUGAAAGAUUGAAAAAGGCGCAAUUAGCUUAUUUGUCUGAGACAAGCCACACGGCAGCAGACACAAUUUCUCCUUUGAGUUCCACAUCUCCACAACAAGAAUCCGGCCUAGAUUACGACAAGAACCAUGGUCAUGGUCUGGAACUGAUAUCAAAUCUAAAUCACACACCACUUCCGCCUCGCGCCUUGAUUGAUACAUACCAAGAUAAAGUUCUAGAAUUUCUCAAGCCAAUGGGUGCACAUCAAAUUUCGGAGCGGCACAUGACAUAUCUGGUUGAAAAUAUGAAGAAGACUUGGGAUAAUUAUCUAGAGAUGUUAAGCGUAUGUUCUGAAGUGGUUUUGUCCAACGGUCUUCACACAGACAUGCUAAAAGAUCUCCAGGAUGGGCAUAAUUGGCUCAAGGAAAAACUGGCCAAAAUCACCUCGACUCGCUUCGAAUGGCUGCCACUUCAAGGAUUGAGACGUCCCCCCGAAAAAGCAGAUAAGAGCAAUGUUUUCAGGGCACAGUUUGACAAGCUUUCAUUAUACGACGGUACCAUCUUUUGGCUGACUCACCGAAUGUUUGAUCGAAGACGUGAACGUGUGGGCGCCAUGUACGCAUUGGAAUUCAUAAAGGAUCAACGAAAAGACUGGAUUGCUCAUUUAACCCCAUCAAGUGCUGAUGAAUUAGUAGUCAGAACGUUGAUGAUUUUCACAAAAAGGGUGAGACCAUUGAAAUAUCCAAACAGAGUUCAAACCAGCACCACAACUUUCAGAAAAGGAAUGCCACGCCUGAGCGGCACCGCCAACAGCAGAAUCGGCAUGUGGGCAGUGGGAACUGAGUAUCCUCCGGUAGGGCAAGGUUGCACCGCUCGCCCAAUCCCAUACCUUUGUGAUCUGGGAUGCAAAGAUCAGGUGUCGUAUGUGCAUGUACAUUGGUCUGAGAUCAUGAAAGGAAAGGCGCCAAGCUCGGCAAACACGCUCGGCACAAAGCUCAGUGUAAAGCUGUGCACAAAUUGCAUAAGUUCUUCCGAAGAACUUGAAAGGCUCUUGACUGCCAUGAAUUCGCAAGGGAUUCGUGAUCAAUCCUACCAAAACAAGGACCUCAUUGUUUAUAACAAUUCCGACCGAGUAAACGUCCUUGCACUACCUUUCGCUUGGGUCAUGAGAGAUGGUUCGCUUCACCUGUGA